ACUCAUCUCUCUUUCUCUCACUCAUCAGAAGAAGAAGAAGGAUCUUUGUUUUCUCCCCUCUUCCUUCCUUCUUCUACUUUCGAUUCUACUCUACUCCUAAUUUGAGUGUUUUCGAUCUGAGUGUUUAAAAAGAGUUCGAUUUUGGUCUUUUCUGCAAUUAAGAAAGCGAGAAAGUGAUGGCUGCCGUAAACGGGUAUCAGGGAAAUACUCCGGCGGAUCCUCCGGCGUCUACUGGAUCGAAACAACCUGCGGCUCCGACCAAGACUGUUGACAGCCAAUCUGUUCUCAAACGGCUGCAAUCUGAAUUGAUGGGUUUGAUGAUGGGCGGUGGUCCGGGAAUAUCAGCUUUCCCUGAGGAAGACAACAUAUUCUGCUGGAAAGGGACAAUAACGGGAAGCAAAGAUACAGUUUUUGAAGGAACUGAGUACAGACUCUCACUCUCUUUCUCCAAUGAUUAUCCUUUCAAGCCACCAAAGGUUAAGUUUGAGACAUGCUGCUUCCAUCCCAAUGUUGAUGUCUAUGGAAAUAUCUGCUUAGACAUUCUUCAGGACAAGUGGUCUUCUGCUUACGAUGUGAGGACGAUACUACUGUCGAUUCAGAGCCUCCUGGGAGAACCGAACAUCAGCUCACCUUUGAACACUCAAGCAGCUCAGCUUUGGAGUAACCAAGAAGAGUACAGGAAGAUGGUUGAGAAGCUCUACAAGCCUCCCAGUGCAUGAUUUCUGCAAGCUCUUCUGAUUCAUGAAUCUCCAUUGCGUUUGAUGAUUCACAUACAAAUGAUUUUUCAGAAGAAAGACUGUUGUCAUUCAUUUGCUUUAUUCUUUGUUUUUGAACAUCAGCAAUUAUCUUGUAACUUUACCUUGAGAUUUUGACUUCAGCCAAAUAAUGAGAAUGUGAUGAGUGCGUUUUUCCA